AUGGGGCCUGCCAACAACAAUGCCUCGGACAACGAGCAGCAGGCCUCGCCGCGGUCGCCAACACCACCAGCGUUACCACCACAAGCACCACCACCAAAAAAGAGUUUAUCAGCUAGGUCCCUACAGUCUUUAUACCCAUUCCAACCGAUAAAUCAAGCAAACCCUGCAAUUCAACCGCUACGGCCGUUGGCAAGUGUGCAUUCCCCACUGCUAUCUCAAGCAUCCUCGAUACCGCAGGUCCGGCCUCUGAUGGAGCGAGAUCGAAGCACGACAUUGUCUUCACUAGAUAUACCAUUCCAUUCAGUAGAGAGAGAACAUAGCCAAAGAGACAAGAUCAAACAACAGCGCAAUGGCGAUUCCCAUGAUUCGGGAUCCAAAAACAGCUAUUUCAAUCUACAAAAGCAACGGCCGGAGAUGAUGCGCGAGCGAAGUGCCACUUUUCCCGAGAUUUUCCACCUUGAAUCAAUGAAGGCUUCGAGAACUUCCACCACGGCAACACCAACGGCAACGUCGCCGUCUUCUUUAAAAUCCGUCACUUUGAGCCAUCCUGAAAGCCCCACUUGGCUAUUGAGCGAUCUUUUAUCGAAUCUAAGCUCGUUAAAGGAUAAAGACGAGCACUACAUUGUCCAAAUAUCCAACGACCUCGUGCAUCUUUUCCAAACUUAUGCUCACCUCGAGGAAGAAGUGCAAAUCACAACCGUUCUACCGCGAAUUCAAUUUAUGCUAUAUCACCCCGUUUCCGAGGUGCGGUCAGCGUGCUAUCGGAUUUUGAGACACUUGAUAACCAGCUACCAGAACCUCAUUCUCCUUGUGCAGCUGAAGAUACUCAUAUUCAUCAUCAUGAGCUUGGCUAAUGACCAAUCGCGGUAUAACUUGGUGGAAAUGGAGCAGGCGUUGAAAUUGAUCAGGAAGUUUUUAACCAUCGACAAGGGUGCUAAUUUGUUAUCUGUCGGAGUGAUCAAGUCCUUGAUUGCCGUGGUGGAAAGUAACGAUAUCGACGACCAUCGGAGCUCAGCUAUCGUGGCCAACUACGGCGUAGCUGUCGAACCCAUCUCCGAAGGAUUUAGACAUGCAUGUUUGGAGACCUUGUGUGAGAUUGCAUUGGUGAAACCCGAGUUGAUUUUCCAUGCCGGUGGGUUCAAAUUGAUUAUCACUUCGUUGAUCGAAGACCCCUUUGAAAUUUCGUCGAGUUGUUUAUUAAUCAUCCUCCGACUAUUAAAUUUUGAAAAUUCGCGCAAGUUCUUGAGAAACGGGUUUGACUUGGACUCUUUAAUUGCGGUGUUUUCCACUGAUGAACCAGACACCCUGGAGUCGCUAGAGUCCUUCAACAACAAGUUUAAAAAAAUCUCCAACUAUAAACUACAGAGAGUCGCUUUUCUCAUUUCCUCCUUGCUAAAGGACUUCAACGGGCUAAUGGCAUUCUCGAUACAUGACUUUACCAGUAUCAGAAACCUAAUGCUAAAUCUAACGAAAAAAAACUCUCGUGCCCAGAAUUUCAUCUUGGACAUCUUGCUCGACUGCUUGAGGUUUCAAGUGUUUCCGUGGUUGCAAAGCAGUCCAAUUGGUGACUUCUUGACCCGUUUCAACGACCUCAAACGACUGCAACUGGUUCGCACGCAAGGUUCGAAUUGGAAGAAACAUGAACGCAGGAAUUUCCCGUUUGAAUAUGAUGAGAUCAAGGACCAUUUUACCGCUGGGAUUGUACGCCAUUACACCGGCUUGCUUACAUAUGUACUUAUAAAGAAUGGCAUCUUUGAAAGCUUGCUCACGAUUAUAAAUGGACCGGAGAGUCCAAAUGAUUUGAAAAAAAAAUCAACUUUGUUGCUAACUAAAUUAUACACCGCGGCCAAUAAUUUACUACCAUACGAGCUGAUUACAUGUGAGAUGCGGUUGCCAAACGUGUCCACCCAGGUGUCAUUUGAAGUUGUAAGAAUGACGCGCUCUAAAGCUGACGCCAACACCGAGUUCAACUCCUACGUCAAGUCCAAGAUCAGUGACAUAUACGUGCAGUCCAAUUCCCACGUCAAUGACGACGAGUUUAAAGCAAUGAUCACAAACAGCAGGGUAUUGGCUAUAAAGGAGUACGAGGAAUGGAACUGGACUUUGCUCAUUGACAUCAUUCAAGGACCAUUGAACAACCCACGACGGCUCGAAGAAGUCUUGGAAAGGUCACCCAAGUUUCUUAAGCGGUUAAUGUCCUUUUUCAGGCCGUUUAAAUAUCGAUUUGCAAACACUUCGAAAAAGGCCAAGAAUUUCCAAAAGUACUUGACUGCCGGUUGCCUGCUACUUGAAAUGUUGCUCACUUCAAAUGUCGGGUUGAAAUACCUUGCCAAUAGCAAAAUGAUGCCGCAACUUUCAGAGAUUGUUGCCCAAAUCGACCCAUACAGCGGCAUUAGUUCCAAUGACCCCAUAUUGGGAGCACGCAGGUUUGAAAGCGCAGCGUCAUUGGGGUAUGUCAAAUUCAUUGGAGUGUUGAGCAACACAUCGGAAGGAUUGGAACUUUUAACGUCGUGGCAGAUUUUCACCUUGAUAUUCAACAUCAUCUCGGCAACAAACAAACCCGAGAGCAGCAACAAGAUUUUUGUCUUGAGUCUUUUCAAAAAUGUCAAUUUUACCAUGAGUGACUCGCCAUUCCGCGGUCUCCUCAAGAUGUGCUUUAGUGUUUCAAGCUACAAGAUCAAAAUCCAUUUGCUUAAAAAUCUCAUCCCAAGCUUAUUUGCAAGAAAAGACUGCGAGUUGCUAUGCAUCGAGAUUCUCGUUGAAAACUUGUAUGAUUCGCAUCUGGACAUUGUGCUACGGUCAAUCGAACAACUAUACGAGCACUACAAAGCAAAUGACUUCAAUAACAUCGAGCCGUUAUUGACGCGGCGCCCCGCGGUCGCCAUUUUGUCAAAUUAUCAAGUUGGACGCAAGUUCUUGGUGCAUUUUCUUACUAAUCCAGAAGGAUUUGCCUAUCUCUUGGAGGACGGAUUCUUGGAAGACGAAUUUAAUAGGUUUACCCAUAUUGAAAAUUUCUCCUUUACCAGGAAAAUCGAUCAGUUGAUCCGGCAACAGUUUUACCCAUAUGUGAAUACCAGCGCGAUUGAAGUUCAAACAUGCGAAAGUGGGAUUGAAAGCUCGUCGCUUUAUUUUUUCAAAUGUUUGUUGUCGACUGAGGAAGGGUUGAUUUUCUUCCAGGAUGGUCUGGGGAAAGCGUUUCUUGAUCAUUUGAUAUCCACGAUUGAAAUCAUAUUCAACCAGAUAAACAAGGACGAUGAGUUUUUGGACAUUGAUAACCAGGACCAAAUCCAUUGCGAUUUGCUCAACUUGCUCAAACAAAACCUAUGGAUGAUUGGGCAAAUCGGUUCCGGCAAAUAUGGCAUCCAGUUACUUGACCCCAUGUACAAUAUCAAUUUGAAAUCUUCAGUGAUCGAGCUUGUUUUGGACAAUUUCAGCCAUUGCCCGCUUUGGGAAAUCCGAGGCUUGUGCUUUUACGUCAUUGGCUUGUUUUCCACCACGGUUGAAGGCAUCGAGAUCUUGGAUGAGUUUGGCUGGUAUGUGGUUUUGGACCAGUAUGGCCAGAGUAAAGGGUUAGCGUACCCCAAAUCGCGCUCGGAUAUCAUCACCACCACCACCAAGAAAAACCAGGAUCGGGCUAAUCUUUUCAAUCUUGAAAUUGUUAACCCAUAUCGGGAUUUCCAAUACUAUCUCAUCUUCAGCAGUCUCGUCGAAAAAACCAUUGAAGACUCAUUGCCUCCUUUACAGCUCAAGGUCAUUCAAAACUUGCAAAACUUGAAUGCGAUAUUAUCUAAAAUCGAGUACAAGUCUGUGCGAGACUUGUCGCGGUUGAAAAUUCAAGAACAGGCAAGCGAGAUCUUCAAUGACGUUGAUUUGUUUCUUGAAGUUGUGCGGUUGAUUGACAAGGGCAAUUUCUCAUUCCAUAAGCGGGCAUUCAUUUUUAGAUUGUUCACCAAAGACACGAGAGUUUUGGAAGAUGUGCUAAAGAAAGAAAGAGGAGGUUCAUUUCGGAUUCAGAAUUAG